AUGGGACCACAGAGGAGAUUGGGAAUAUAUGUCGGGUAUUCGUCCCCUAGUAUAAUAAGGUAUCUUGAACCGGCAACUGGUGAUAUGUUUACGGCACGAUUUGCCGAUAGCCACUUUGAUGAAAAUGAAUUCCCUGCGUUAGGGGGAGGGUCGAGAGAAUCACCAAAUGAUAUCACCUGGUGUACACACUCUUUGGCUUAUCUUGAUCCUCCUUCUAAUCAACGCGAGGUGGAAGUUCAGAAAAUUAUACAUAUGCAAAGAUUGGCUAACCAGUUGCCCGAUGCGUUCACAGAUACGAAAAGGGUGACGAAGUCCUAUAUCCCCGCUGCUAAUGCUCCAUCAAAAAUAGAAGUUCCUCAUGAACAUUUUGAUGUGAAUAGAGCAAGUGAACCGGUUCAAUUAAAGCGCGGGAGGCCUAUAGGAUCAAAGGAUAAAAAUCCCCGAAAGAAAAAGAAUUGUGGAGUAAAGGUUCCUGAUGAACCGAAAUGUCUUGAAGACAUUUCCGAACAGGUUCUUGUAGAACCUGAUAAAGAGGUUCGUCAAGAUGACGAACCAGAGACAGAAAAAUUUGAGAUUUCCAUCUCCUUCGCCCAAAGUGGAAAAAUAUGGGCUAGAAGUGAAAUAGAUGAUGAUGAAAUGUUCUCUUUUUCUGUAGCUAAAGAGAUCGAUCAUGAAAAUGAUGAUCCAGAUCCAACUUCCGUGUCAGAGUGCCAAAAGAGGCCGGACUGGGAGAAAUGGCAAAUGGCCAUGAAGAAUGAAAUAUUCUCUCUCAAUAAACGGACUGUAUUCGGACCGAUAAUCAUUACACCAAAAGAUGUAAUGCCGGUUGGAUACAAAUGGGUUUUUGUACUUGAUGAGCCUAACGGCUCUAAUAAUUUAGAGAUGUACCUGAUGGAUGUUGUGACUGCAUACCUAUAUGGCUCACUUGAUAGUGAGAUAUAUAUGAAAAUUCCUGAGGGAUUUAAGAUCCCAGAAGGGUCAAAGAUGCCUGAAGCAUCUAAAGAGCUUUGUUCGGUCAAACUCCAGCGAUCACUUUAUGGAUUAAAACAAUCCGGCCGCAUGUGGUACAAUCGCUUAAGUGAAUACUUGUUGAGUAAAGGUUACGUCAACAAUGCGAUUUGUCCAUGCGUGUUCAUAAAGAAAUCCUUAACGGGUUUUGUGAUCAUUGCUUGUAUAGAGCAUUUCCAAGAUGGAAUAUUUUUGCAUCAAUCAAAUUACACCAAAAGGGUGUUAAAGCGCUUUUAUAUGGAUAAAGCGACUCCUUUGAGUAGUCCAAUGGUCAAUAGAUCGCUUGAUGUUAACAAGGAUCCAUUUCGACCUAUUGAAGAUUCUGAAGAAAUGUUAGGUCCUGAAGUACCUUACAUGAGCGCCAUCGGGGCACUUAUGUAUCUUGCAAAUUGCACAAGACCAGAUAUAGCUUUUGCUACUAAUCUGCUUGCAAGAUACAGCUCAUCGCCUACCAGAAGACAUUGGAACGGAAUAAAACAUAUAUUCCGUUAUCUUCAAGGUACGAUUGAGUUUGGAUUAUAUUAUUCAAGAAACCCCGAGGUUGGUUUAGUUGGUUUUGCAGAUGCUGGCUACUUGUCUGAUCCGCAUAAAGCUCGAUCGCAAACCGGUUAUGUUUUCACAUACGGUGGAACCGCGAUCUCUUGGCAAGCCAGCGGAGUAUCUACAAAGAAAGAGCCAACAACAAUCUACGAAGACAAUUCUGCAUGUGUCACUCAACUCAAAGAAGGCUACAUCAAGAGCGACAGGACAAAACACAUCCCUCCAAGAUUUUUCUCUUACACUCAAGAACUUGAGAAGAAUCAAGAAGUGGAUAUUCAGUAUGUUCGCUCAAGUGACAAUGCAGCUGAUCUUUUCACAAAGGCGCUUCCUACUACAGUGUUCAAGAAGCAUGUUCAGAGUAUUGGAAUGCGUCGUUUACAAGAUUUGUGA